GGAAGCUCCGCCUCCUGUGCCGGAGGCUGCGGUGCAAAUCACGGCCCCACUCCGUGGGCUAGUUCUUACCUCGCGCCCAUCCAGGCUGCUGGGUUAGUUUGAGGAAGUAGGUGCGUCUGGGACUUGUGACUGGCCCCCCGUGACCGGCCCCCGUGACCGGCUCCCGCGACCCGACACACAGAGGCUCCUCCACGCAGCCACAUGGUCUCCCUGGUGGCACUGCUGCUGGGCGCGCUGCUGUGGGUCCCUGGCGGGGCGCUGCGCUGUCUUGGGGAGACGGGGAAUCCUGUGGACUGGUUCGUGAUCUAUAAGUUGCCGGCCCGGAGUGGCCCCGGGAAUGAGGCGUGGAGGGGACUGAGCUACCGCUACCUGGACGGGAGCUUGGGGGGCUGGCGCGAUGGCGUGGGGCUCAUCAACAGCUCCCAGGGUGCCUUGGGCCGCAGCCUGCAGCCACUGUAUCGGGCCAACGCCAGCCAGCUCGCCUUCCUGCUGUACAAUGACCAGCCAUCCGAACUGGCCUGGGCUGCCGACGUUUCCAGCCAUGGGCAUUCGAAGGGCAUCGUGCUCCUGGACCAAGAAGGGGGCUUCUGGCUGGUCCACAGCGUGCCACGCUUCCCGCCACCUCUAUCCUCUGGUGCAUACAACUGGCCUCACAGUGCCCAACACAACGGGCAGACCCUAAUCUGUGUGUCUUUUCCCUUCACUGAGUUCACAAAGAUUGGCAGGCAGCUGGCCUACAUCUUCCCCUUUGUCUAUGACCACCGGCUGGAUGGCAUCUUUGCCCAGAAAUUCCCUGACCUGAUGGCUGUGGCCCAGGGCCAACAUGUUCGCCAGGAACCCUGGAACAGCAGUGUAACGCUCACCUCACAGGCAGGCGCUCAAUUCCAGAGCUUUGCCAAAGCUGGAAAGUUUGGAGAUGAUCUGUACUCUGGCUGGUUGGCAGAAGCUCUUGGCACAGACCUACAGGUUCAAUUCUGGCCAAAUUCUCCAGGUAUCCUGCCAUCCAACUGCUCUGGUCCCUGGAAAGUUCUGAAUGUCAAUCAGAUAAGCUUCCCUGGGCCGGGUGGGCCAACCUUCAGUUCCACAGAGGACCACUCCAAGUGGUGUGUGGCCCCAAGACAGCAGUGGGCCUGCGUAGGUGAUAUGAAUCGGAACCAUGGAGAGGAGCAUCGGGGCGGGGGCACGUUGUGCGCCCAGCUGCCGGUCCUCUGGAAGGCCUUCCAGCCCCUGGUGAAGGCUUUCAAGCCGUGUGAGGGUGACCCCAGGGGCAGGAAGGCAGGAGAGCAAAGAACAAAGGCUCAGGAACCAGUCUGGACUUGAAUUUGUUCUUUUUGUGGUGCUAGGGAUGGAUCCCAGGGUCUGUGCACGCUAAGCAAGUGCGCUACACUGAGCUACAUCCAAUGCUGGACUUGCGAUUUUUUUUUUUUUUUUUUUUUU